AUGACAGUGUUUCUUCCAGCUUAUGUCACUCAUAUUGUUGUUGAUAGUGUGGAUAAUAAUAAUGAUAAUAAAUGUCAGACCAUCUCAAAAGGUUAUGAGCUUAUUUCAGGGAUAGAGUGUGAUGAAGACCUUCAUGAUGCUGCACCUUUUACAAGUCUACCUGUCCAGGAAGAAAUGAUGACAAAGUACUCUAAUCUUUCUUUGGAGAGUCAUAACCUAUCAGUGACUGAAAUGAUGACAAAGGCUGCACCUAUUACAAGUCUACCUGUCCAGGAAGAAAUGAUGACAAAGGCUGCACCUAUUAUAAGUCUACCUGUCCAGGAAGAAAUGACGACAAAAUACUCUAACCUUACCUUGGAGAGUCAUAACAUAUCAAUGACUGCUAUGCCUAUGAAAGAAAAUAAUAAAGGGAACCAAAUCUGUGUUGACAGAGGAAUAAUGCUUCAAAGGAAUGUUACAUUAGAACGCUCCAAUAUGCCAGUAGAAAAAAAUAUCACUUUAGAAAGACCUUCUAAUGUAGAACUCACAUGCCAAUUCACACCAUCUGGAAAUCUGAAUUCAGUAAAUGUGACUUGGAAAAAAGGUGAUAAACUACUUGAGGAUAAUUAUCUCGUCAAUGCAACGGGAAGUAUCCUGUAUACCCAAUAUAGGGUCGCCGUCAUUAACAGCAAACAGAUGGGAAGCUAUUCUUGUUUCUUUGGCGAGAAAAAGCAACAAAGGGGCACAUUUAAUUUGAAAGUUCCUGAAAUUAAUGGGAAAAACAAACCACUGAUCACUUACAUGGGGGAUUCAGUUGUCUUGAUGUGUAAAUGUCAAGAUUGUCUUCCUUUAAAUUGGACCUGGUACAGUGGCAAUGGGAGUGUACAGGUUCCUAUUGGUGUUCCAGUGAAUGAUAAGUAUGUGAUCAGUGGAAAACAUGCUAAUGAAACAAGGCUGAAGAUAACGCAACUUUCAGAGGACGAUCAGGGAACCUACUGGUGCCAUGCAAUAUUCGAGUUAGGGGAAAGUGAAGGACACGUUAAACUCGUCGUGCUCAGCUAUUUAGUACCCCUUAAAGCAUUUUGUGCGAUAGCUGCUGAGGUUGUUCUCUUAGUGGCUAUUAUUCUGCUUUUUGAAAUGUAUACUCAAAAGAAAAAGAAGCCCUCAGAUGAUGGGAAAGAAAUUGAACAAGGUGAACAGCUGAAAUUGGAUGAUAGCAAUGGUAUAGAAAAUAGUGGCCCUAGGCACAGAAAAAAUGAAUCCGUGGGCCAGUGA